AUGCCGCGUCCAGCCUUUACGACCAAGCUGUCGCUGCCGGUCCGCCUGAAGCACAACAACAGCACAAACUCGGCACCUACGAGCGUCCCCACCAGCCGCGCCGUGAGCCCCAGACGCGCCGCAAUGAACGAGAACAGCAAGCCUGGCCUGGUGCUGCGCGCCAAUGUUAUUCAGGGCCGCAACCUCGCUGCGAAGGACAGGAGCGGCACCUCUGACCCUUACCUUGUCCUGAACGUCGGAGACGCGCGCGAAGCCACGCCACCCAUCAACAAGACCCUGAAUCCAGAAUGGAACACCACGCUCGAAUUCCCCAUAGUCGGCACGCAGAGCAUGCUGCUCGAGGCUUGCUGCUGGGACAAGGACCGCUUUGGAAAGGACUACAUGGGCGAGUUUGACGUCAUAGUCGAGGAUGUCUUCCAGAGCGGACAAGCAGUGCAAGGGCCCAAGUGGUUCCCACUCGAGUCGAGGCGUACUGGAAAGAAGAAAGCAGUGGUCACGGGCGAAAUCCAGAUCCAAUUCUCCCUCGCCGACGCGAGCAAUCCCAAUGCCUCCAACGACGAGCUCAUCCAGAAGCUCAUGGCUUUCACCUCGCAGACGCCCAGCCCCGACGAUGACGACGACGAAUUUUUGCUCCGAACCGAAAGCGCAGAGAACGAUGAAGAGGCCGACGAGGAAGAAAGUUCAGACGAGGCGUUCGACGAGAGCAAGAAGGCAGAGAAGAGAGAGAAGCGGCGCAGAAAGCUUCGAUUGGCAAGACUGAGAAAGAAGGCGAACAAGCUCCGCAGCUACGAGUUCUCGGAGAAGACUGAGGUGGCGGGUGUGCUUUUCUUGGAGAUUAGCAAGGUCACUGAUCUGCCUCCUGAGAAGAAUGGCAAGUGCACGUUCACUCGCACCUCUUUCGACAUGGAUCCGUUCGUCGUCACCUCGCUCGGAAAGAAGACUUAUCGCACAAAGACCAUCCGCCAUAACCUGAACCCCGUGUUUGACGAGAAACUCGUUUUCCAAGUUCUCAGGCACGAAACAAACUAUUCGGUCAGCUUCACAGUCAUAGACAAGGACAAGUUCUCUGGCAAUGACUACGUCGGAACAGUCAACUUUCCGGUCGAAAAGGCGGUUUCCGUGGCCCCCGAAGCUGACCCUACAACCGGCCUCUACAAGCUGCCCGAGCCGUCUGAUUCUCCGGGCCUCUCAGCAGAAGCGAGUGAAGCUAGGAGAUCGCGCUUCCGGCUUCCAAUGUCUCGAUCGUCAUCCACUCAUAGUCUUUCCCGCCUUGGUCGACCCAGUCUGCGCAAGGAGAACUCAGCCGGCUCAUUAUCAGGGAAGGAUUCAAAUGGUAGCUUGGCGCCACCUCCGACGAGCGUUCCGCAAACAUCUGGAGCUGAGAAUAAUGGACAAGCCGCUCCUAGCAUUCCCGCAGUAAACGUGGAUCCAGCAGCAGUAGAUGACCAGGACCUCAAGAUGUACACUCUGCCCUUGGAGAUGAAGAACAAAGAGCGUUGGGAGGCGAAACAUAGCCCUACCUUGUACAUCAAAGCUAAGUAUCUUCCUUACAAGGCGUUGCGUCAACAAUUCUGGAGGGCUAUGCUCAAGCAGUAUGAUGCUGACGACAGUGGUCUGAUCGACAAGGUUGAGAUUACCACCAUGCUGGACACUUUGGGCUCGACUCUCCACGAAUCCACGAUUGAUGGCUUUUUCCGGAAGUUCUCAGGAGAGCAUAAUGGCGACGAGGUGCUCACCUUUGACCAAGCAGUGAUGUGCUUGGAGGAGCAGCUGCAGCGCGUCGAAGAGCGAGACGCUAAGAAGGGCUCGUUUGGACACCUUACAGCUUCAAGCAGCGACCUAUUUGCAUCGGGCACACAAACGCCUUCUCUUACCUCGGGCACACAAACGCCACUAAACGCGCACCCCUCUCAAACAUCGAUACCAGCACUGGAAACCGACCACCUUGGCGUUGAGGGAGAGGAAGGCGACGUCCUGCCCGGAGAUGACCUGGCAGAUGAGAAGGGCGAAGAACAUGUCAUUGAGAUCCGAGAAUGUCCUAUUUGCCACCAACCACGUCUGAACAAGAAAUCAGAUGCCGACAUCAUCACCCAUGUCGCUACCUGCGCUAGUCAGGAUUGGCGGCAAGUCAACAACAUUGUCAUGGCCGGUUUCGUUACUGCAAGCCAGGCGCAGCGCAAGUGGUACUCGAAGGUCAUCACAAAGAUCUCCUAUGGCGGAUACAAACUCGGAGCCAAUUCGGCCAAUAUCCUUGUUCAGGACCGCCUUACGGGACAGAUUAACGAGGAGCGCAUGAGUGUAUAUGUGAGACUCGGUAUCCGUCUGCUCUACAAGGGUCUCAAGGCGAACAAUAUGGAGAAAAAACGAAUUCGAAAGCUGCUGCGAUCCCUUAGUUUCAAGCAAGGCCGGAAGUACGAUGAUCCUGCAUCGGCGAGAGAGAUUGAGGGCUUUGUUGCCUUCCAUCAGCUUGACAUGUCUGAGGUUCUGCUCUCGAUCUCGGACUUCAAGAACUUUAACGAGUUCUUCUAUCGAGCUUUGAAGCCCGGGGCGCGACCGUGUUCGGCUCCUGAAGAUCCUAGAGUCAUUGUUUCUCCUGCGGACUGUCGGUCUGUGGUCUUCAACACCUUAGAUGCAGCUCAGGCGAUAUGGGUCAAGGGUCGUGAGUUCACAGUUCAACGAUUGUUGGGCGAUGCCUACCCUGAGGACGCGAAGCGCUAUGCAGGAGGAUCUCUCGGUAUCUUCCGCCUCGCACCGCAGGAUUACCACCGCUUCCACAUCCCUGUCGAUGGUGUCAUGGACGAACCAAAGACCAUCGAGGGUGAGUACUACACCGUAAACCCCAUGGCUAUUCGCUCGGCGCUCGACGUGUACGGCGAGAAUGUCCGCGUCUGUGUACCCAUUGAUUCAGUAGCCCAUGGACGGGUCAUGGUAAUCUGUAUUGGCGCGAUGAUGGUCGGAAGCACCGUCAUCACACGCAGCAAAGGAGACCAGGUCAAGCGAGCUGAGGAAUUGGGCUACUUCAAGUUUGGUGGAAGCACACUUCUGUUGCUUUUUGAGCCAGGCCAGAUGCGGUACGACGAGGACCUGGUCGACAACUCUAAAGCGGCUUUGGAAACUCUCGUUCGUGUUGGCAUGUCCAUUGGUCAUAGCCCCAACAGAGCUUCUUACACGCCUGAUAUGCGCAAGGAGAACCCUACGCACGAAGAGAAGCAAGACGCAAAACGUCGUAUCGAGGGCAGUCUGGCGCCAGAGGGAGUCCAGGGUCCGAUGCCGGGCGCAGGCUUCCAGUAG